ACAAUUCGAACAACUCCUCAAUAUUGUCAUCUCUUCCUAAUUCACUAUCAUCAAAUUCCACAGGAUCUACAUUUAAACGUUGGUCAAGAUCAGUAUCCAUUCGUCGACAGAAAUCAGGACAUGAAAUUCCAGGAACUCUUUCUAACGAUAAUCGUAAUAACAGUCAACAAAAAAAAUCAUCUGAUAUUUCCAGUUCACCACCACCUCCACAAAUACCCUUAUCACAAUUACCACCAUUGCCACCAGAUACAGAUGAUGAUAUAACAGGUCCGCAAAUUCAAUAG